CUUCCAUUUCGUCGUUCGGAGGCGUGAGUCGGAAAACACAGACGGCGGCGGUGGAGCGAAAAUGGAUCCAGACGCUCUAGCUAAAGCGUUCGUUGAACACUACUACUCCAUGUUCGAUUCCAACCGUGGGGCCCUCGGCAGCCUGUACCAGGACGCCUCCAUGCUUACGUUCGAAGGCCAGAAGAUCCAGGGCUCUCAGAACAUCGUCGCCAAGCUCACUUCUCUCCCUUUCCAGCAAUGCCAGCACGCGAUCACUACCGUCGACUGCCAGCCCUCUGGUCCCGCCGGCGGCAUGCUCGUCUUCGUCUCCGGCACCCUCCAACUCGCCGGCGAACAGCACGCCCUCAAGUUCAGCCAGAUGUUCCAUUUGAUGCCAACCCCUCAAGGAAGCUUUUAUGUUUACAAUGACAUUUUCCGGUUGAAUUAUGCAUAGGGGGGAUCUUAAGAUGUCCUGCAAAGAUGUAUAAAUCAAGUGGGGCACCAAUCAAUUGAAUUUGUUUGUUUGUUUCGAGUUUUAGACUUUAAGGUGUGAGAUUUAGGAACUCAAGCUUGAUCAUCAUCACUGGAUUGCUCUGUUUUUCCAGGAUUUUGAAUGCUUCUUCUUCUUCUUCAUACUAUUAUCAGUGUACCUCUGUAGUUCCAUCUACUUUUAAAGGUCUUGCUUAUGAAGUGCCAUGAAACAUUGUAUGCAUCUACUGCUGCUUGUAUCUAUUUGAAA